AUGGCCUACCGCGGCGGCGGUCGGGGUGGCCGCGGCGACCGCGGGGACCAGCAGCGCCCACCGUACAGCGGAGGCGGGCGCGGCAGCCCUGGCUUCGUGUGGCCGCCUCCGCCGUCCACGCCGCGCCCGGUGCCGGUGCAGUACCAGGUGCCGGUGGGCUACCGCGCGCCCAUGGUGCUGCCGCACCAGGCCGCGUACGGGGCGCCUGCGGCCGUGUACUGGGCGCCCGCGCCAUCGGGGCCUUCAGUCUCCUUCUCGCCUGCGCCUCGUGCGGUGGCGGUCACCAUCCGGGCGCCUCCUCCCUCGGCGUCGGCUGCUCCGGCUCCGGCUCCGUCUGCCGCGGCGCUGGCGAAGGAGGUCGAGAAGAAACUGUUCGUGUCCGAGACCGCGCUGGCGCUGCCGGCUGCGGCUGCUGCGGCGGCCGCGCAGGGAGCCGCUGCCUCUGACGCGGAGGACGCGUCGGACGUGGAUCUGGCGCCGGUCUCCAAGAAGGGGCUCGCGCACCCUGCUCGGCCGGGCGUCGGCACCGUCGGCAAGAAUGUGAAGGUCCUCGCGAACCAGUUCCUCGUCGACGUCGCCGACAACAACCUCUUCCACUACGAUAUUGGAGGGCGCAACACAGUUCUUGAGCGAGCCUUUGUACGCAAUGGCAUACCCUUUGAAGUCCCGACUAUCAUCUUUGGCGCUGAUUUCACACACCCACCACCAGGAGAGGACUCUGCAUCAUCCAUUGCUGCUGUGGUGGCAUCAAUGGACUGGCUAGAAAUCACCAAGUACAGAGGUCUGGUAUCUGCUCAACCACACCGACAAGAGAUAAUAGAAGAUCUAUUUACUGUCAGUAAAGAUCCACAGAAGGGGCACAAUGUUAAUGGUGGCAUGAUCAGGGAGCUACUGAUUGCUUUCCGCAGGAAAACAAACCGCAGGCCUGAGAGGAUAAUAUUCUAUAGGGAUGGUGUAAGUGAAGGUCAGUUCAGCCAUGUGCUGCUUCAUGAAAUGGAUGCUAUCAGAAAGGCUUGUGCUUCUUUGGAGGAAGGAUAUCUACCUCCAGUCACGUUUGUGGUUGUCCAGAAAAGGCAUCACACGAGGCUUUUCCCUGAGGUUCAUGGAAGGCGUGAUAUGACUGACAAAAGUGGAAACAUUCUUCCAGGAACUGUGGUUGACCAAAGGAUUUGUCAUCCUACUGAGUUUGAUUUCUACAUAUGUAGUCAUCCAGGUAUUCAGGGAACAAGUCGGCCCACCCAUUACCAUGUCCUUUAUGAUGAGAAUCAUUUUACAGCUGAUGGCCUACAGUCACUGACCAACUAUCUGUACUGCUGUCUAAGCCUAGGAUAA